AUGAAUAAAGGUGCUAUGGACCCCGACAUAGGGUAUCCCAAAAAUCAGAUGAAAACCGACGAAGGCACACCUGACACACGCACCGUUCCUUCUCACAGCAACAAUGCUUCUCGGCGACGCAGCUCACGUCUUAUCAGACCAGACCGUGGAAUGCGAUACUCCCAACCCGUCGGUCCAUAUCCAAAGCCGUCAUUCAUAGCCGCCGUCAGACAGAAAGGCUCCGGCACCUUGAAGCAGGCCCUGGAAUUGCCUCCGAUUCAGACUCUUAAUUUGUUGACAGACAAAGAGUUGAAGAAGGGCUUUGACGUGCAGCAGACAGCUCCUAAGAUUGAUCACCAGACACAGGCCUCCGGAAAAAAUGAAUGCCGCCGACCUUUCGGGAGAGCCGAUGCCAGCAAUACAGUCUCACAGGACAUUGCACGAAUGGUAUGA